AUGCAAGAUAAUGAGGACAUGGAGUACCACAGCUCUAUCGACCAAUUGGAGUCGCAUCAGAUUGGAGACGAUGAGGACGAUGGCCAGACAUGGACGGCGCCGGAUAGUGGAGCUGCGUCAAUCAUCAUUACUUCCGAAGGCUGGGAGGCCACAGAGCGGCCAGGGGCCAGCUCAGACGUGUGA